GUAGGUAUCAUCAUAUUGUUAUAGUAAGUUUAAAUUUCAUCCACGAACCCUUCGUGGUCAACCUAUGCUCCAAUCGUACCCGCUACGGUGAAUACACCAUACCUUUCCUUCCCGCAAUGCUCAGCGCGCAACACACUAGUACGGAGGUCCAACCUGCCGCUGACCAUGCUCUCCUUAUCCUCUAUGCGGAAGGAGGGUUGGGAGAACCCAACUUCAUCCACUAUCCUUCCCAACCUUCCCGUUCAACGAAAAUGUUUAAACGAGCCGAAAAUAAUAACGAAUCUGAAGUUCUUAAAGUCAGGUUCGGUCAGACUACCACUGUUAUUGACGACCGUAUAAUAUUAAUAGGUGGUAGUGAGUCAGUCGAAGGGAUUUUACCGUCAAAUUCGCUUGUCUUAAACUCUACUUCGUUGAACGUAAACGAACAGAAAGUAACAUUGCCCGUGUUGGGUCACGGGGCUGUGCCCAUACGUGGCUCAAAAAUUCUGAUAACGUUCGGUAUUCAAGCAAUAGCCCCACAAAGAAUGUUUGCAACCCCAAUUCAAGAAAUUGAUGUAAAUACAAUGAAUGUUAUUCCUUCUCCACAAUUUAUUAAAGGUGAAGUUCCUCAAUCAAGAUAUGAUCAUACGACUACAAAAAUUGAUGAUGAUAAAAUUUUUAUAUAUGGUGGCAGAAACAAGGAUGAAGUAGUUCUAGGAGAUCUAUUUUAUUUAGACCUUAAUUCAAAUAGUUGGAAUUUCAUAAACCAACCUUCUCAUCCAAUUGCAGGGCAUUCAUCAAUAUUACCAAUAAUAAAUGAAGUACCUCCAAUACCUCGAACAUUAUCUUCUAUGGUAUCAUUUGAAAAUAAUAAAGGUAUUAUCUAUAUAUUUGGUGGAAUUGAUGAAAAUAACAAUGGGUUAAACGAUCUUUAUAAGUUGGAUGUAUCAAAAGCACCUACAUUAUCAUGGUCUCCAAUAAUUGUUAACUCUAAAACAACGAACAAUAAAUUAAUACCGUCUGGCCGAGGGGCUCAUAGUGCCUUUACGAUCGAGGAUACUGACAUAAUGACGAUUUGGGGUGGAAUAUCUAAUGGAAACCAAUUAGUCGACCCAAAUUUUUAUUUUUUUGACAUUAGAGGCAAUGCUUGGGUUGACAAGAACUUUUAUAUUGGGAAAGCAAACCCUGCACAAAUAAGUUUGGAUGGUAUAAAAAAGCCUGAAUCAAACAUAAUUGUAGUGAUCUUUGGAAUUAUCGGUACUAUUAUCCUAAUUAUAGGACUCUUAGGCUUUUUCAUAAUACGCAAGCGAAGAUUGUUUCAAAAAUUCCAGAAAAAAGAAAUUAAUAAUGAACCUUAUAGUCAAUCUGAUCAAUUUGGAAGUAAUACAUAUCUUAUUAGUGAUUUCGAAUCCAAACAAGCCCAAUUCAAAAUAAUAGAUGAACCGGAACCGGUUCCAGAACCCAUACCUCCACCAAUACAACAAAUACCACAAUCUUCACCAACUUUAUCCUCGCCACCAACGAAUGUUGAAAAAGAGCCAGAGACAUCAAAUAAUCGACAACAUAAUGAUUCUAUCAUAUCAACAACACCUAAAAAAAUGUCUUUUGGUAAAUUACCAGCCUUAUCGAAUACCGAAUCAACAUCAGAAACACAGCGUAUGAAACGAUCUCAUAAACGUACUUCAUCAGUGUCUUUAACUUCUUCCGAAUUAGCAAGUAUUACUCGUUCUCGCAAUUUUACACAUCAUAAAUCAUCAUUGUCUACAAAUAGUAUAAGUUGUUCAGUAAAUCGACCAAAUUCGCACUAUAAUUCACGAAAGUCACUAUCAAAUUUCCUUGAUACUGUUUCUGAAAAAGGUUCCAAUAAUCGUAUUUCAAGUACUUCUGAUAGAUCGGUAAAUUCUGUUCAAUGGGUAGGAUUUAAUAGCUCUAUGAUUUAUGAACAGGAAGAAAAUCGUGAUUCUUUACAUGUACGAAAUUUACCUUAUAAACAACAAAAAAAUUCUACAAAAUAUCACGAAAAUAGUUAUUCGUCCGAAGAUGAAGAAUAUACAAUUAAUGGCGAUUACAUAGAUACUUCACCUCGUGUGAAUAAUAAUUACAAUCGUAAUAUUUUUGACCAUGAUGAAGUAAUAAGAGCGUACGAUGUGAGCCAAAGGAAAAAUAACCCACAAAAUUAUUCUGCAAGGAAUAAUAUUCCAAGACAAGGAAACAUUGCUAAUGAAAAUAUUUCACGAGAAAGUGGAAUUAUCGAUCAUGAGUCACCUUCAAGUUCAUAUGAAUCAAGCGACACAAGUAAUGAAGAUGAUAAAUAUAGUAGCAUGAAAAAAUCUAAGCGUUCAUCAAAAGGAAUUAGUAGAGUUUCUUUUGCACUUAAAGAUGAAAAGAUUGAGUUUGAUGAAAAUGAAUCUUCAAGUACAGUUUCUUUAAAACGACGAUCAUUAUCAAGUCAAAGUAGUACAUCAUCUAGUAGUAGUGCGACACCUUCUAUUAUUGAGGAGGAAAUUGAUAUACUGAACCAUUAAAAGGCUAUCGUGUAUUAAAUAAUACAACCAAUCCAAUCUUAAAAUAAAUCGUAUGAUGAUGAAUCUAAUUUAACAGGUUUUCCUUCUAAUGUAUGUGAUUUGUCAAAUACACACAUCCAUCAUCGCUGAUAGAAAAAGCAAUUUACCUUAUUAAUGGCUAGUCUAUAGAGUAAUCGCAGAUAAUAGAAAAA